AUGAAAUUCGGCCACGAUUUCAAAGAGACCCUGCGAGCUCAAGACUUCCCUGCUCAUUGGGUAGAUCAUGCUAUUCCUUAUAGCCAGCUCAAGAAAUGUCUCAAGAAGGUCGCGCGGGAGCUACAUGAGCUUGGACUCGACCCUGAGACGUUGCGCGAGCUCCUCAACCCCGAUGAAACGUCUCCUGUGGCCCUGAAGUAUAAACUCAACGGCGGUGCCGACUCUCACCUUCGCCCAAAACUCAUCGUACAGGUCCAUCUUCAAGAUGGUGUCCCAGUCGAUGCCUCGCUUGCGCCCAACACGCGCGACUUUCUCAACAAGAUCGCAAUCAACCUCCCCCAGAACCAACCGGCGCAUAUCGAGCCUGUCACUAAAUCGCCAGACUCGGGCUCUGUGAAGGAUGCCACAAAAGCCGAAACCGUUGUCAAGAACGCCUCUGCCCCCUCCGCCGAAACGGUCGAUGCGCUCGCCGACGAAGCCAACGACAAGCUCACUAUUGCUCUCGCCGACGAAAAGACUGUUAAAGUUACCGAAACGCUGGGAAGCGACUCCGAGCAAGCAGAACCCAUCGCCGAACCUACAAGCAAUGGCUCGAUCGAAGCCUCGUCGACCUCACCUGCUAAUGGUGCAACCGAAGGAACGUACGAAAUUAUCGAGGUUCCCCUGACUUUCGAUGCCGAAUUCUUCGAGAUGCUUCAGAGCGAUGUCAACAACCUUGAUGCUUUGCAAAUGGAGGAAGAGAAAACCAUGACCUCGGAAAUCGUAGCGCUUGGAAAAGAGGUUGAACAGGUCGUAAAGCCGAAACGAUUUUCAAAGACAGAUCUUGCACGGUGGCGACAAAUCUUCGAGCUGUAUUUGGACGCUGAGAUCUUCUUCGCUACCCAUGAGCAAGACCAUGGAGAACGCUCAAGUCAAGUCGCUCUGAGGCAGCUGCAAUGGUUCCAGGAUCAGGUCGCUAAGCAAAAUCUUGUCAAGGAUUUCAAGCUUCCCGAGAGCAAAGCAGCUUUCACCCGCUUCAUUAACUUGAAUGCGUCCCUUCUCAAAAACAUGCAGUUCCAGGAGCUUAACAAGACAGCCGUCGCCAAGAUUCUCAAGACCAGAGGUACUGACAUGGCCAAAGAAUUCGACAAACGAACAGCACUGGGAGUUGCUAGAAAGUUCCCUACCGUUGUUCACUCAGACAAACUCUUAGCAGGCACCAUUGCUAGAGAUGUCUGCGCACAAAUGUCGCGGGAGCUCGUAUCCAAGGUUCCUCAGCUCAACGACUAUCUUUGCCCAGUCUGUUUCUCAGUGGCUUACAUGCCUGUUCGUCUCGACUGCCAACAUGUAUUUUGCAUCCGUUGUGUCAUCAAGAUCCAGCGCCGAAAGGAGAAGCAUUGUCCAUUGUGCAGAGCAGAUGUGGUCCUCAAGGCUUCUGCCAUGAAUCUUGACUACGAGCUACAAAAGUACAUGAAGAAAUAUUUUGCAAAGGAGGUCAAAGAGAAAGCGCGUGCGAACGAGAUUGAGCGUGGUAUCGAGGACUACGGGCCUGGUUAUGUCCACCAGGAAUGCUGCAUAAUACUGCAUCGAUACGGGACAGUAAUGACAUGA